AUGGGCGACAAACCGCCUUCAAAAACCACACAUACCUAUUUAAGACGCUCGACACCAACCAUAGUGUCGAAAACAUCCAUAAACAAAUCUAUUUUAAACCCACUUCAAACCAGUAAACAAGUCAAUCAAAAUUCAAAAAUGACACCAACCCAACAGCCCUCAACCACCAACAACACUAACCUUACAAACGAAAAUUGUACCCAAAAAACAUUUGCUGAAACCACAGCUAACCUAUCUUUUCCAAAAAAAAAUCAAGCUAUUAUUUUCAACACAAUUGACGGCAUUCCACAGAUCGAAUACAUUAAAGCGAUUAGUCUGAUUACUAAUCCUUCAAACAUUAAAUUCGCCUCACGAAUUUCAAACAACCGGUUCUGUAUCUACUUCUCAAAUUCCAAUAUAGUUAAUGACAUCAUUAAUCGCUGCCAGACAAUCACUGUCGACAACAACAACAUUGAACUUCAUAGAUUAGAAAAUCAAGCGAAACGCAUUAUUAUUUCAAACGUAUCGCCUAUUAUUCCACACACAUAUAUCACCGACGCAUUAAACCUAAUCGGCAUAAAUACACUUACGCCAAUCACAUUUUUAAAAGCUGGCUUCUCUACAGAUGACUUAUCCCACAUCAUAAGUUUUAGAAGGCAAACCCACAUCAAAUUUGAGGACACAUCAAAACUACCUGGAUCAUUAGUAAUUCAUUUUGAAAAUACCGACUACCAUAUUUUCCUUACAGACGACACACUCACAUGCUAUCUAUGUAAACGCACCGGACAUACAUCAGCUCACUGCAAAAAUACGUCGGAACAAAACAAGAGCCCCCCCUCAAGCCAAACAGUGGACCUUCCCUCACAAUUAGAACUCAAUACCAAUCCUAAAACAAAUAUAGAUAACACAAAUGACAGUGCAACCUUAUACACAGAAGAUAAUCAAAACACUAACGACAGUGCAACCUUAUACACAGAAGAUAAUCAAAACACUUAUCUUGAACAAACCUCAACGCCAGAAAAAUUAAAUUAUACACCCCAAAUCAAUGAACAUCAACAUAAUAACAUCCAAAUCAUGGACUCCUCUCAAGAACUUCUUCCACCCAAUACCACACACACAACACAACUUAAAAGACAAAUAUCGGACUCGUCGUCCCAAAAAACAAAAGCUCCUCCCUCUCCCCUAAAUCCUGAAAAAAUCAAAACUAAAAAAAAACCGAAAAUACGAUCACGCUCAAACUCAUCUACAAGACCUGGCGAAAAUAAUGAUGAAGCAUUCAAACCUAUUGAACUUUUCUUCGAAGAAAACCUAAACUCCUCAAUAAAUUUUCUUCAAUUCAAACACAUAUUAGAACAAUCUACCAAUAAACAUAUCAACAUCCACUCACUAUGUCAACAAGUCGGAAUAGAUAUAAUAUCUUUAAUUAGUCUAAUCGAAGAAAUUCGACCUAAUAUUACAAAAGAUAAAACAAUGAAAUCUCGCCUAACGAAAUUCGCCAACCUACUAUUCCAAAUACUCCCCCCACAAGACACUCAAACACAACUCUAA